AUGUCAAUUUUGUUGAAAUCAAUUUUCCUAACAAUCUUUCCAUCUAAACCUCCUCAGAACCGUCCGGCUUUGAUUCUUCAACAUCGAAUUCGAUAUUUGCCUAUUCAACUGUCAACCCUUAAGUUAUGUCUAUUGAGGCUUGAUCUUGCCACUUACGAAGUUGCGAAUGUACGUAGUAUUCUAUUUUUUACUUUACUUGUAUUUUUUGUUAUCCCAAAGUAUUAUCAUAAAGAGAAUUCUUCUGUUUUAUCUAAUAAUAGAAAAAGACGACAUAGAGAAGAAUAUCACGGAAAAAGUGACGAAGGAAUACGAUUGAGGAUCCAUCAUGUGUAA